AUGGGAGUCAUCCAACCAGAAGGAACCACCGAAGAUCUAUGCUACCAGGGAACGCACGAAGAAACAAGUCGUCAGACCACCUCACGAGGGAUGACCCAACGGAAUGUACCAAAGACAAUUGCAAAGGCUAACUCGAUCAUGCGGGAUGACUUAGUGGCGUCCCCUUCUCCUAUGGAACAAGUACUAGCCAAGAGAUUGGCCGAUGUGGAAGUAGUGAUGCGACGCAUUCAAGGAAUGCCGAUCCCAACCAAGAAGAGCAGGUCCCAUUGUUACGCUGAUUCACCCUUCGUGGAUGAGAUCGCCCUAGUCGACAUGCCUCAGAAGUUUACUAUCCCCAACAUGAAACUAUACGAUGGCACAACCGAUCCGGAUGAUCACAUAGCCUCGUACAAGCAGCGGAUGUUCACCGUCUCAAUACCCCGAUCGCUUAGGGAAGCCUGCAUGUGCAAAAGUUUCGGUUCAAGUUUAUUCGGCCCAACACUCCAAUGGUACACGAACCUCCCAAACGGAUCCAUCAAUUCAUUCGCUCAACUCACCGACACAUUUGUUGAACAGUUCGCCAGCAGUGAGAAACUUGAGAAGCUGUCAGCUGACCUAUACAGAGUAUACCAAAGAAGGGGAGAGCCACUGAGAGAGUAUGUCAGUAGGUUUAACAAAGAGAAGAUCUGUAUCCCUGCAUGUAACCUUGAGACAGCCGUAGAUGCCUUUAGGAAGGGUCUCUUCUCGGAUGGAGAGCUAUACAAAGAAUUUACAAAGCUGGGUUGCAUCACAAUGGAAGACGCCCUGCCUCGGGCAGUGAUCCAAAUAAGGUGGGAGGAGGAUGAAAUAAACCAACCGAUUCACUCCAGAUACGAUUCAAGGCGGAAUGAUAAGAAGCCAGAACACAAGCCAGCGGAGCACCGCUACUAA